AUGGUGGGUCAGCGUAUGGUAGAUGAUGAUGAUCUUGUGAUGUUUGCUACUUUGAUUGAGAGCAGCCAAGGACGCGGCGAUUCCCGACGGCGUCAGUUUGAUUCAGGUGGUCCUAGUCAGGGAUCAUCCAAGAGAGGUAACUUCAACUCAAGAUCUUCUAGCUAUUGGAGUUAUGAAGGGUGUAUCGGGGUGUUAUCAUUAUGGGAAGCAGGGGCAUUUUCGGAGGGAGUGCCCGAUGUUACUGCAGGGUAG